UUUUAUUUACCUACUUAGUCCUCAGCGUCCUGUCACGUGACUUCGAACAGGAAACGAAGUUGAGGAAGUGUUGCAGCAGACGGCGUGACCCAUCCCCCUAAAUGCGAAUUUGACAUCAUUUCUUGAUAUUGCUGUUGAAGUCACAAUGUGGAAGGCUGCAGCUGGGACUAAUGUGAAGGUUGCUUCUGGAGCAUCUGGUGAUGAUGACUGGGAGACAGAUCCAGACUUUGUGAAUGAUGUAAGUGAACAGGAACAGAGAUGGGGAGCCAAAACUGUAGAAGGGUCUGGUCAUCAAGAGUCAUUGGAUCUUAAGAAACUAAGAUCUGAAGUACAGCAGGAACAUACCGAUUUCAAAACCAAGGAGUAUGAAGCUGGGCCUAAAGCAUCUGAGGGUUAUGGCGGCAAAUUUGGUGUGCAGAAAGACAGAAUGGACAAGAGUGCAGUGGGUCAUGAGUAUCAAUCAGAGCUUUCUAAGCAUGUCAGCCAAGUGGAUGCUGCCAAGGGCUUUGGUGGCAAAUUUGGUGUCCAGAAAGACCGAGUAGACAAGUCAUCUGUGGGCUAUGAUUAUGCUGGGAAGACAGAGAAACAUGCAUCUCAAAAAGACUAUUCAACUGGCUUUGGUGGCAAGUUUGGUGUCCAGAAAGAUCGAGUUGACAAAUCAGCAGUGGGAUGGGAGCACCAUGAAAAAGUGGAUAAGCAUGAGUCGCAAACAGAUUACUCCAAGGGGUUUGGUGGGAAAUUUGGCGUGCAAGAAGACCGAAAGGACAAGGGUGCUGUGGGCUGGGACUAUCAGGCAAAGACAGAAAAACAUGCAUCACAAAAAGACUACAGCCAGGGUUUUGGUGGCAAGUUUGGUGUUCAGACUGACCGAGUUGACAAGUCCGCCAUGGGUUAUGAUUAUCAGGAGAAACUUCAGAAACAUGAAUCACAGACAGACUAUUCUAAAGGAUUUGGUGGGAAAUUUGGAGUGCAAAAGGAUCUCCAAGAUGCAUCAGCCAGUGGUUAUGAUUCUGUGACCAAGACAGAGUUGCACCCAUCCCAGACAGACAUGAAGAAAGGUUUUGGAGGAAAAUUUGGUGUGGAACAAGAUAGAAAAGAUGAGUCGCAGGUUUCCUUUGAUGAUAUGCAGGGAGUCAGCACUAGCUACAAGACAGUCAGAGCAGAAGGAAGUGACGAAAAAUAUGUGUUUGUUAUUGGGUAGCAUUGAUGGGCUAAGAAUCUGAAAUCUCGAUUUGAAAAUCUGGCUAAGUCCAAUGAAGAUGCAAAGAAGCGAGCAGAAAUAGAGCUACCCCAAGACACAGCGGAAGAGAAGCGCGGAGAGGAAGAGAGAAGAACACAGGGGUCAGAGCGUUUAAAAAAAGAAAGGUGGGAGCCUGAAGAGAAAGAAGUGCCACAACCUGAACCUGAACCAGAACCUGAACCAGAACCAGAACCAGAACAAGAUCAAGAAGUGUAUGAGCAGUUUGGUGAGACAGAACCAGUCAGACAGCCUUCUCCAGUCCAUGUACCACCACCUGAAUCAGAAGAGCCAUCAUCCUAUGAUAUGCAGGAAGAUGAGAACACUUAUAAUCUGGCUGAUGAGCCAGCACCUCAGCCAUCACAAGGUGGUCAGACAGCAGUGGCCUUGUAUGAUUACCAAGCAGCGGAUGAAGAUGAGCUGUCAUUUGAUCCUGAUGACAUAAUUACAGACAUUGAAAUGAUUGACGAUGGAUGGUGGCAGGGAUCAUGUCAUGGCAGGCGAGGGCUGUUUCCAGCCAACUAUGUUGAGCUUCAGCAGUAGUCUUCGCCACUUUCUAAACAAGUGAAUUCAGACCUGUUCAGAUACUGGUGGUCAUCUUCUGUGUAAUCCAAUAUUUGUACUAAAUCCAACACUUUGUGCAUUACAAACUGCUGAUGCAACUUCUACAAUGAUUUGUAAAGACUAGCCUGAGUCUUUGUAAGGUUCAGAAAAUAAUUUGACCAUUGUAAAAUCUGUGACCUAAUUCUCCUUAUCUUGUUCACAAUUGUUUUUUUUUUUCUUUUUAAGUUCUGUUUGUUCAUUCCAAUACUUGUAUGCAGACAUAAAAUUAUAGUAAUUCCUCACCAUUGCCAGAAGAACAAAACAUUUUUCUCCAUUACACUGCUGUUAUGUAUGCAGAGGAACUCCAAUAGUAAAAAUUUGCUUAUAAAUUAUGAGCAAUAGCCUUUUGAGUGUAUGCUGAAAAUAAAAAGUAAUGCUUGGUUCAUACAACCAUGGCAUUGUCAGCAUACAUAUAACUGCCAUCAGUGGCUGUUAAGGCUCAUGUACAUAGAGACGUGUCCAAAUGCAGCAAGACUUAUAAAUAACGGUCAAUUUCUUUUCAUCACAACCCCAAAGCAAGAAAUCUUAGGUUUGCGUAGUUCAUAACUUGGUAUUUUAUGUGUUUCUUUUAAGAUGCUUUCCAUAAUGCCACCUCCAUGAAAAGUUGCACGCAUUAUUGCAGCAUUCAAUAGGUGUGAGAGAAUGUACUCUUGCUGCUAUCCUUUAUCAGCCUGCCAGUCUUAAAAAUGGAAAAAUGGCAGCAACCCAUCACUGGAUUUAAUUGAAAAAUAGUGAAUUUGUAUCUCUCAGCACAGUCCACAAGUUGUAUCCAUUAUGGCGUAAAGGUCCCCCCCCCCCAUAUCGUAAUGUUAUUUGUAAAGGGAAACAUGGGAAAAUG